GAUGAAUGUCCAUCCGUAAUACGUCCAUGCGUAUACGUACGGGUUUAUUGUUUGUUUGACCUGACUGUUGAUAAAACAUGUGUUUGCUUGUAAAUAAGCAACCAGGGGACCAACGGCUUUGAGAUCUCUCCAAGUGACUUGAUAAUGAGGAUUAACGCCUUUUCAAAGGGCACUAGCAUAUCGACUUCGUUUCGAAUCCGGGACAUCCCGGUUACGAGACCAUUGCUCAACCACUAAGCCAUCGCGCCUGCACAAAAAGACAUGAUCAAUGUAUUAUCUACAUGUACUAGUAUUUCCGUUCGUGCUUGGUUAUAUCUAUAGAAACAUCAAUGGUUGACACAACGGGAGAGGAUUUCUACUGUCACUCUGGUCAUCAAUACAUCCGGGUCAGUGCAAGAUGUGAUGGGAUUGUUGACUGCCCUGACUUCUCAGAUGAAAUUGGAUGUGACGAAUGCAGUCCCGGUGCAUACCAAUGCAACGGAAUUGAUAUUUGCCUCCUUCCCAGAUUGCAAUGCGAUGGAAGGAUUGAUUGCCCACACGAAGACGAUGAGAUGUUUUGUGAGAUACUGCGUUGCCCGGCUAAUUGUUCUUGCGGCGAGUCUCAGGAGUACGUCGGGAGCCCUCGUCUCACUGCACCAAGUGCACCUCGCUGCGGCGAACCCGACUGGUUGCCUUUUUGGGUGAAAUGCACGGACGGCUGGAAUGAAGGCUACGCGAAUGCAACAGCGCCAAAGGCUAUAAUUAUGUAA